GGCUGUAAGCCUUUAGGCCAAAACAGAAAGUUCAUAUUCUCGGGGAAAAAAUGUUGGCGACUUUGAGCAAAGCGGAUAUAGCCCAGCAGAAUCUGCUCUGGGAGGACAAGGAAGUCAAGUUUGAUGUGCCUCAACUACACACACGUUUGCAUUGCGGCGAGAAAAUAUUGGAUACCAUCAAUCACAUAGAGGACAGCAAGGGUAAUCCCGGAGAUACGGGGAAACUGCUGGUUACCAAUCUGCGCAUCAUUUGGCACUCGCUGGUCCACAAGAAGUUUAAUUUGUCCAUUGGAUAUGCUCGCAUUGGAACCAUUAAUACACGGGUGGUGCACAUGCACACCAAGGGCCGCAUACCUAGCCAGGCGCUCUACAUUUUGGCCAUCAGCAAUGAGACCCGAUUUGAGUUCCUCUUCACGGAUGUUUCCGGCGAGACGGCGCGUCGGGAUCAGCCCAUCUUUGCCAGCGUUUUCGAUGUUCAUCUUUUGUAUCAGCGCACGUUUCUUUAUAGGGAUCUGAAGCUGCGGGGAGCUAUAGUGCAGGCGGGUCAGCUGACUCUGUUGCCGGAUGAGCAGGUGUACAGCCAGGUGCAGGGCGUCUGGAACUUGUCCAGCGAUCAGGGCAACCUGGGCAGUUUUGUGGUGACCAACAUACGUCUGGUCUGGUAUGCGGAUGCCAAUGAGACCUUUAACAUCAGCCUGCCCUACCUGCAGAUCGAAAGCCUGCGCAUACGCGAGUCCAAAUAUGGUCCCGCUCUGGUCAUACAGACCGCCGAGACGGGCGGCGGUUAUGUACUGGGCUUUCGCAUUGAUCCCGUGGAGCGUUUAACUGAGUUGUUCAAGGAGCUGAGCUCCCUGCACACUAUCUACACAGAUCAGCCAAAUUUCGGUGUCCACUACGAUCCGCAGGAGGCGCGCAAGCGCGUUGCAGCCGCCGCCGAGGAAGCUGCGCAGGCAACACAGUUCAAAAUCGAGGACUAUCACGAGCUGGACGAGCGACAGGAGCGCGAGAUAAACACGAAGCUAAACAGCUAUCUGGCCGCAGGCUGUUCGGGUGCGCUGUCCACGGAGCAACAGUUGCAGACGCCCAUCUACUGCAAGGAACUGGGCUUUGCCAUGGAGCGUAUACCGGAUGGCUAUAAGCUGCAGGAUCUAUGGAAUGUGAUGCCCACUAAAAUGACAGAUUAUGAUGAAUGAAAUGCGAAAUAGAUGGGGUUGACU